AUGGCAAACACUGAAGAGCGCCUCCGCAUUAUAAUUGCAGGCGCUGGUAUUGCGGGGCUGGCAACCGCUAUAUCACUCACACGCAUAUCUGAGAUUGCAAAUCUAGACAUCCAGCUGUAUGAGCAAGCCGCAGAGCUGCGAGAAAUUGGAGCCAGCAUUGCUCUCAGUCCUAAUGGCUUGCGGACGCUGGAAAAACUUGGCAUUGACGAGGCUUUGGGCAACGAGCUCGGGUUCAGAGGACCAAGCGGCAUACCUCAGAUAUAUAGACAUUGGAAGACAAACCAGGUAGUAUCAGUAGAUACUUUUGGCAACGUUCCUGACCCUCGCCACCAGACGGCGAGAUUCCACAGGGGACAUAUCCACGCCGCCUUGGCUAAACAUGUCCCCAAAGAACGCAUUCAUCUAAAUAAGAAGAUAUCUCGUGCUGAAAGUAAUGAUGAUGGUGUGGUGCUCUAUUUUGAGGAUGGUUCUAGUGCCCACGGAGACAUUUUGAUAGGGGCAGAUGGAAUUCGAUCACAAGUCAGAGCGUCUUUUUUUCCUGACUAUAAGCUGAGAUUCAGCGGAAAGGUUUUUAUGAGAUCUACAUUUGAUGCAUCCCUAGUGGAGGGCAAAAUUCCCGACUUGCCAGCUGACGCUGCUCACUGGUGGGGAACCAAGGACUCAUUCUUUUCUUCUAAACUUGGCAAGGGACAAUAUACCGUUGUUGGUGCAUACGACGACGGGCGCAGUGCUGAAGAGUUGGAAAAGGCUAUUACGUGGGACCAAGUCGGCAAUGUCCAGUUCUUAAGAGAAAAAUACAAGGACUGGCAUCCAGUUAUUAAAGCUCUAACAGAGCUGACGCCCCACGCUCGCCUCUACCCCAAUUAUGCGGGCGAGUCCCUCCAGACGUGGAUACCAGCUUCACGAGUCACUCUGGUAGGCGAUGCGGCGCACACCCACGGAGGCUCGUUUGCCGCGGGUGGUUCGCUGGCUCUCGAUGACUCUCGUGCUCUUGGCCUGGCCUUUAAGCAUGCUUUUGGCUCUGGCAGCUCGUCAUUUUCUCCGGAAAAUAUUCAGCAGGCAUUGACACUCUAUGACCAAACGCGAAGACCUCACACGGCACGCUUAUUGAGCAUUGUUCACAGCCUGAUGAAUCGUAAAGCUCCAACUUUUGCGACGCCGGAAGAGGAAGAUGAAGCUCUCAGAACUAGAAUGACGAGCAGACCUGAUCUUUUGUGGUUAUCCGAACAUGACGUUGAAAACGCAUUCCUGCAAAGCGCGACAGAGGUCAGGCAAUCAUACCAGAAGGCAGAAAGUGCUGUGGCAUCACCCGCUUUCGAGAGCAAGUUAUAG